CUGAUCAAUGACAUCUCCUCAUUUUUCCUUUUGGCUGGAGCAGCUCCCCAUCGGGUGACGUGAGGCCGUGUGUCCAGGACCCCUCCCGCCCAUUCUCCUGUUUGGUCAGCAAGUCCGAGUUCUGGAGCACCUACCGCAUGAACGUGACGGAGGUCAACCCACUGGGUGCCAGCUUCCGCCUCCUGGACGUCACCCUUCACGCCAUCAUCAAGCCGGACCCUCCUGAGGGCCUUCGGGUGGAUCCGGUGCCCUUUGCCCCCCAGCAACUGCUGGUCAGCUGGGAAUAUCCAUCCAGCUGGCCCAAGAAGCCCUCCUUCCAGCUUCAGUUCCGCAUCCAGUAUCGGCCCAUCGUCUACAGCUCCUGGUCGGUGGUGGAGACGGGCAACCUGUCCAAGGUGAUCACGGACGUGGUGGCCGGGCUGGUCCACGUGGUGCAGGUCAGCGCCAGGGACUUCUUGGACGCCGGCAGCUGGAGCGAGUGGAGCCCCGAGGCCUGGGGGAUGCCCGCCAGCAGUAAUGUCAACACAGGACCAGUGGCCACAGUGAGCAACGAGCUCGAAGAUCCAGCAGAGAAUCCUUCCUUGGCCCCCAACGAGUCAGUUGGUAUGUACAUACAUGAGUGCCAAACAUGGCAUUAA